AUGGCGUCUUGGAGUUGGUGUGCGUACGGUGCGUCCGGCACUGUGCUUCAUGGGUGCAAAGUGUUGAUGGAUGCAGAAUCCAGUUCUCAUUAUCCGCAACCCUUGCUUGUCACAACAACCCCACAUCUAAUCCCUCCGAGCAUGAUGUUGUGUCCAAACUUCCUUCCAAACAAGUGGUUGAAGGACAGUUACUCAGGAGGAGCCACAGCGGUUAGUCCGAGGCUUCCUAAGAAGCACUUGCGAUCUGAUCACCGAUAUUGCUCUUCUGAACCGCUGGUUAAUCGGCUGCAAAGAACGGGAGAAUGCUUAUUCAAACUUGCAAACACCCAUCUGUUGCUUUAG